AGUGUGUCUCAGUCACUAGACCACUUGGUUCGAUAUGAAUGUGUAUACCUCUUGUAUGUGUGCCAACAUAGUUAGGUGUGAGACAGGCCAAUUGAUUGAUAGAUAGAGGUGGCUUUUGGAGCAGGCUUCAUCUUCUGGACACAAAUUAUGUCUGUCUAUCGGAUGGCAACCUUUUCAUACAUACAAAUAGGUACAUUCUCUUGCCUAGGCCGGGGAGGUACCCGUGUACAUCGGGUCCAUCCAUCCGGGCCCUGGUCGGGACCGGGGGUUGAGGACUUCAAUAAAUAGUGUCCUUCAGUUGAUGCAUAUCGCUCUGCGCAUAACAGCUAUCAUAAAAAUAAUUUCAGAGACUGGGACCUACAAAUGAUUGCGAGGAUAUGUAACUUCGAGGCUUGUCGCGACUCGGGCCGGCGACAACACAUCGCUCACAAUGCUUCCGAGUAGAGGGCUCGCGAGAAACCCGGCCAUUGCGCUGAGGUAUGCAUCAACGGGCUGGGCAAAGCCCACGAGGAUAACAUCCACCCGACAAUUCUCUCAGGCGCGCUCGCAGUCGUCUGUGCUAGCGAGACAUGGCCAGAUAUCGCCCUCGAUAACGGCGGUCAGGUCUGGUGCCACUAUAGGCAUAGCAUCCAGCGUCUUUGCCCAGCGUUCUGGUGCCACAAGAAACCUCUCUCUAUGGCCAUCCUCGCUAUGGCCGUUCUAUUCGAAGCCGCAGACCUCUUCUCCCGAGACGGUCGAGCCGCCGCAACCGCCGCCAUCAGAGCCACCUGCUGCUGCCGCUCAAUCACCUCUGGCCGAGACAUCGCCCUCGCCGUUCACGCCAGAUGAGCCUGCGAGCAACUCCACCCCCGAUCUCAGCCAGCUCACCGAAGACAUCCUCCGCGAAUUCGACCCCCAAUCUUUCGUCGACGUCCCCCAACACAUCGGCUUCCUGAGUGAAAUGGGUCUCGACUUCGGCUGGGGUACCACGACCCUCAUUGAACGGCUUUUGGAGUUUGUUCACAUCUACAGCGGCAUGCCCUGGUGGGGCUCCAUCGCUGCUGUCGCCGUCCUCUUCCGCCUUGCCGUGUUCUAUCCCACCUUAGUCGGAGCGAAGCACUCGGCGAAACUGCAGAAGGUUCAGGCCAAUCCGGAAUUCAAGAAGGCUUACGCCGAAAUGCAAGAGGCUGCUUACCGCACUAAAGAUCGUCAGGCCAUGAUGGUGGCCCGCAGCCACAUGAACCGUAUAAAGUCGGAGACCGGUGCAUCCGCCUGGAAACCCUUCAUCGGCCUCGCCGCUAUCCCUUUUAGUUUCGGCAUGUUCCGUUUAAUUCGGGGCAUGGCCAACAUCCCCGUACCUGGUAUGGAGACGGGAGGUUUGGCCUGGUUUACCGACCUAACCGUCCAUGAUCCCUUCUUCAUUUUGCCCAUCGCUGGAGUUGGUCUUGGUUCGCUCACGCUCAUCUUCACGCAACGCGCCAACGUAGCUCAGCCUACCUCUAUGCAGCACAGUAUGAUGCAGGGCAUGAAGUACAUCCUACCGCCUCUCAUGUUCGUAGGUACCGCUUGGCUACCCGCGGGCUUGCAAUGGUUCUUCCUCUGGGUAUCCGCAGGCACCGUCAUACAAGGGCAAGCAACACUCAACCCAACUCUCCGUCGAUGGGUCGGUCUCGAUCCCCUUCUCAACACCAAUAAUGCUCCAGCUGUCCGCGGUGCUUCCACAUUUCCACCGGGUGCCGGCAUCCAAUACCAGAGUCCUUCCACGAGAAGUAGUCUCAAAUCUGGUUUUCGGGAUGGCAUAGCAUCAGCGACUAAGAGCUUCAAAGAAGCUACGGGUGCGACUGAGGAGAGGCAGAAGUGGCAAAAAGCCGACGAAUACGAGGACAAGCGUGCCCUGGAGGAGAAACAGAAAGCCUUUCGACGAAUGGAGGAAGUCCGUCGACGCCGUGCCGAGCGACAGCAUUGAAAAGUCAACCGAAUUAUCAUUUUCGUGACAUGCUGUGGUGUGGCGCAGCUCUUCAUUACCAGCUACCUUGCCCUCUAACUAACUUAGACUCCCCUACUUGUAAGAUAAGUAUAUAUGAUAGAUACCAACUUCUCUGGGCUGGGCUUCUAGCUUG